UGGUAAACGGGAGCAUUUGGUGAACAGGCACGAUCAUCCUCCAAGCUCAAACUUCAGGAUCAACCGAGACACAUUGGACGAGAUGCAGACCAUUCAGGCAAUCACCAUCAUCGCGUUCCUCGCCAUUAUAUCAACUGGUGUCUUGUGUUAUGAUCCCCUGAGUUUUCUCACUGUGUUAAAAAUUGGAUGUCGUCCUUGUGGGGAUGACUGUGGCCUUUGUGAAUAUGGGUCAGCCUUCUCAACAAUUUGUGAAGCUAAGGAGUGCAAAAGGGGCCCAGAUGAACAUUGCGGUAUCCAGGGCAGUUGCGGUGCUGGAAUGCACUGUUUGUGCGACAGAUGCUACGGCUGCAGCACCGAUAAUUUCAAGUGCUCGACCUUCAUGCCAACGUGCAUCCCCCAGGAAGACCACUUGCGCAAUUUCGCAACAGGACAUCAACUGGCAUCGUUUUAAUCAACGGACGAUUAUCAAUGGAGAAAAAACGACUACCGAUUAUUCUGGGGGAGAAAGACGAUCUCAAAUAGCUUUAUUGUGAUUUUAAAAAAUACUUCAGCCAUUACCAGGUCCUAGGGGACCGUAUUAUGUAUUCAGUAUUUCGAGGAUACCCUCCACCGCCUUCGCUGACUCUUCAAGUCCAUUAACUUGAUGAUUAUUACACGUUUGCGGUGAAAUUUUCAAUGUAAGACAACUAUUUAUUUAUUUUUAAUCAUUUGAUGUUGCAAUGAUUGUCUCCAUAUAGACGAUUAAAAAAAAAUGUGAAGAAUAGUGCAUUGAUGAGGUGACAAUAA